AUGGCGGCUGCCGCCCCGGUGGAUGCAAGCGCAGAGAAUAAGGUUCACAGCGAUGUUAUGCUUUUCAAUCGCUGGACCUACUACGAUGUUCAGAUCAAUGACAUCGCUGUUGAGGAUUACAUCACAGCAACAGCUUCCAAGCAUCCGGUUUAUAUGCCAUACACAGCUGGUAGAUACCAGGCUAAGCGUUUCAGGAAGGCCCGAUGCCCAAUUGUUGAGAGGCUCACCAACUCUCUUAUGAUGCAUGGACGGAACAAUGGGAAGAAGCUAAUGGCUGUCCGCAUCAUCAAGCAUCCAAUGGAGAUCAUUCAUUUGUUGACUGACCAGAACCCAAUUCAAGUAAUUGUUGAUGUUGUCAUCAACAGUGGGCCAAGGGAAGAUGCAACUCGUAUUAGUUUAGCUGGUGUUGUGAGGCGUCAGGCUGUUGAUAUUUCUCCACUUCUCCGUGUUAACCAGGCCAUUUAUUUGCUGACAACUGGUGCACGUGAGAGUGAUUUCAGGAACAUCAAGACCAUAGCUGAGUGCCUUGCAGAUGAACUCAUCAAUGCUGCCAAGGGUUCUUCAAAUAGCUAUUCCAUUAAAAAAAAGGAUGAGAUUGAGAGGGUUGCCAAGGCCAACCGAUGA